CGGUGCUGGUAGUGGGGCUGGUGCUCCUGGCGUUGCUGGUGGUUUGGCUGGGUUUCAUCUUGGGAGUUCCAAGGACGCACCAGCAGCAGGAGGCGAGGGGAGAGGAGGAGGGCGAACACACCGCGCCGUGGGCCAAAGCGUGUGAGCAGCUGGAGGGGAAACUGCUGCAAGCUGUGGGCAGCCUGGAGAGACGGCUCACUGGUAAGCAGGCGUCCGCCCCAUCGUCCCCUUCCUGGUACCUCAUCCGCUACCCAUCGGCUGCCACUGCCUGGCCGCACCCUGAUGCCAGCUCGCUCGUCCCACUGCUACCACCACUACUGCCACCCCUGCUGCCCAUGCUCCCAUGCGCGCACCUCCUGCCCUUGCCCCUGCCAACAUGCCCCGCUCUGCUUCCCCCUUCACUGCUUCCGCCUCCACUCCUUCCCUGACAGCAACAGCAACACCUACUGGUU